GCAAAGAAGGUGCAAUUUACGAUGCAAUAUUUUUUGCGCAUUUUUGGGGAAUAUUUCUCCACUUUCCAGCAUCGGUCACUUAACUACCUUUCACUCCCUAAUUCAAGGCACAUUUUUUAAUAAUGUCCAGCUAGAUUGCUGAAAAUUCAUUUCAUGCGAGUUAUUUCCUGUACAGUAGAGACAACUAUAUAAAUGGUUGGGAGGUGGAUAAAAUAUACAUAUUGCCUACAGAAUGUGUCUAGAAUUAGGGAGUGAAAGGUAGACCAAUGCUAGAAAGUGCUAAAAAUUCUUCCCCAAAAAUAUUGUGCUGUAAAUUGCAUCUUUUUUGCAUUAUGGUGUCUGUAGCUUUAUGGUCAAAGAAAAAAUUAUAAAACCAUAACACUACAGAUCUGCAGCUAUUCAUCAUUAAGCGUACAUGUAUCUGGUUAAUGUUUAAUAUAUUUUUAAAUGUUAAGGGGAAUGGAAAUUUGAUAUAAGCAUGUUUUACUGUAUAUUGAACAUAUUUUAUUACAGUAAUGAUAUCAUGAUGUAGCACUAACAGAAAUUGAUUAGUUAAUAUUUAUGAAAUGGUAGUAUCAUGCUGGUACAUUGUAUCAGUACCAGUAUAUAUAAUCAAGAAUUAACAUUCUGAGUUGAAUCACAUAUGGGUAGUGCACAAUUACUUAAUUUUAUGCAUGAAUGCACUUUCAUUGCCAAUAUUUAUUGGUAUCAUAAUGCAUGAUCAGAGUCAUUCUUAUCAAGUCCGUGAAGGCCAUGUCAUCCAUAGUUGUGUAUCUGAUAUGCACAUUUAAAUUUUUAGAUCCUGAAAAGGGAAAGAUAACAAAAGCCAACACUGAUUCAUGUUCUGCUUCUAAAAGCACUGUACAGAGUGUUGAAAACUGUCCAUCCAGUGAGCAAGAAUGGAUAGAAGCUUCUCGAAGGAAAAACUGUUCAGCUUUUGCCACCCAGUGUAGUGAACCUGACAAGUUUGUGUACCACUGUGUGAUCAAUCCAUAUCUCAAUGAAACAUUGGAAGUUUGUGUAUAUAAAAAGACCAUUGUGUUUGGAUAUUGUACUGAAUACAGCUACAGUGCAAACAGAAUUCAACAAAGUCUAGGAACACUUUGCUCGGGCUUUACCCAAAACCCUUGUCCAACUGGAUAUCCCUCUGAUGAAGCAUACAAAUAUCCUGGUUGCUACCAGCUUACUAAGAAAUCAACAACAGAAAAUCCAACUACAGUUAAACCCUCAAUUGUGGUCUCUGAAACAGGGUCUGUACUUACUGGGUCUGCAGAAGAUACAGAAGAUGGAGGAGACAAUUGUUAUGUUAUAGGGAUAGUAUUUGCAGCAGUUCUUGUUGUUUUGGCCUUUGCCGCAGGUGGUGGAUUUUUAUUGUACAGACGGUAUACACAAAGAAAAAAAGAUGGACAGUCACAUCAUGCAUUUGGUAACAAAAGUUUUGCAACUGAAAGUAUUCCCAGUAGAGCUAUAGAAGAAGGAACUUUAGAAGAGAAGAGAAAUUUAGUGCCAUCUGGAAAACCUGCAGAAGUUGAAAAACAGAAGAAAAUUGAAAAAAUUGAAGUAGAGCAGCCAGUCAUUCUGAUAAAACCAGUAAAAGAAUUACCUGAGGAAAAUGAUUGCCGGAGGCUGGUAAAUGUGCUGAGUGAUGGGCUAGAAAGGAUGGCAAUUCUUCAAUCUGAACAGAACAGUGAAAAUUACAAUGAAAACAAUAAAAAGUUGAAUGUAAUUGCAAGUAAAAUAUAUGAAAAUGAUUCCAACUUUACAAAUGAGACCUCUACAACAAUACAUGAACACAUAGGAGAACUGGAAUCUCUGGAGAGGUAUUUUCUAAGAAAGAAGAAUAAACAUGAUAAAGAAAAUAAGUAUUUACCACCAGAUUAAAAAGGUUUUUUGAAAUAUAAAAAUGUGUUUUGUGUUGAUAUUUUAAUACAUACUGCUAAUGUUUUGAAACUGAUAUACUAAAUUGUAUUUGUUUAAUAAAUGUUGUCUUGUGAUUAAGGCUUGUUAGUGAAUUUAAAUGUACUUGAUGUACUUAUGUCAUUAAAACAGUUUGCAGACAAA